AUAAUUAAAAUAACAAAUUUUAAAAACAAAAAAAAAUAAAAAACAAACAAAAGAAGAUAUGUCCGCAAAUAACGAAAGAACUUUUAUUAUGAUUAAACCUGAUGGUGUAUAAAGAGGUUUAGUAGGAUAAAUCCUUUAAAGAUUUGAAUAAAGAGGCUAUAAAUUGGUUGCAAUGAAAUUCCUCUAACCCAGCAAAGAACUCCUCUAAGCACACUAUGCUGAACUUAAAUAAAAGCCCUUUUUCCCUUCUUUGAUUUCCUAUAUGUUAUCAGGACCCGUUGUUGCUAUGGUCUGGGAAGGAAAAGAAGCUGUCAAAAUGGGAAGAUAAAUGCUCGGAUAAACCAAUCCUUUGACAUCUUUUCCUGGAUCCAUUAGAGGAGAUUACUGUAUUGAUCUCGGAAGAAAUAUUUGCCACGGAUCUGACUCUGUUGAUAGUGCUAAUCACGAAAUUUAACUCUGGUUUAAGUAAGAAGAACUCUAAAAUUGGUAACCUGCUAACCACGUUUGGAUCUAUGAGUGAUUUAUUUCAAGAUUUUUUAUG